CAGGCGCGCCCCGCCCAGCGCGGGCCGCGGGGGCCAUGCAGCCAUUGGCCAACGCGCCGGGCCGCCCGGGCCGCGGCGCCCCGGUGACUCAGGAAGGCGAUAAAAGGCGGAGACGGCGGCGGAUUCAGCACAGCUGCACAGCCAGGCUGCCAGCGGCUGCAAGCGAGAGGACCCCAGAGCCAGAGAGCUAGGGAACGAGAGGCGGGCGCUCGCCCCGCGCGUCUCCUCCGUCCCACUCACGCACUCCGCUUGUCUCUUCACCCUGAGCGAGUGGUUCAGCUUGGUCCCAGCGCAGCCACAGCCUCGAUCUCUGGGGGCAGCACAGGCAGCUUCGGGACUCUCCGGCGCGCCGCCGCGUCCCCAGACAAAGGCUUGGCCAGCGGCCCCAGCCCGCUGCGCCCUCGGCUCCCGGCCUCUCCGACUCACGGCUCCUCGCCCCCGCGCUUGGCUCGGCGCGCCCCGGCCGGUUCCAAAGUUUCCUGGGCGGCAGCGGCAACUGCGCCUCGCGUUGGCGAUGGCCGCGGAGCUGAGCAUGGGGCCAGAGCUGCCCACCAGCCCGCUGGCCAUGGAGUACGUCAAUGACUUCGACCUGCUCAAGUUUGACGUGAAGAAGGAGCCGCUGGGGCGCGCAGAGCGUCCUGGCCGGCCCUGCACGCGCCUGCAGCCCGCCGGCUCGGUGUCGUCCACGCCGCUCAGUACGCCGUGCAGCUCGGUGCCCUCGUCACCUAGUUUCAGCCCCACCGAGCAGAAGACCCACCUCGAGGACCUGUACUGGAUGGCGAGCAACUACCAGCAGAUGAACCCUGAGGCGCUCAACCUGACGCCCGAGGACGCGGUGGAGGCGCUCAUCGGCUCGCACCCUGUGCCACAGCCGCUGCAGAGCUUCGAGGGAUUCCGCGGCGCGCAUCACCACCACCAUCACCACCACCCUCACCCGCACCAUGCGUACCCCGGCGCCGGCGUGGCCCACGACGACCUAGGUCCGCACCCGCACCCGCACCACCACCACCAUCAUCAAGCGUCGCCACCGCCGUCCAGCGCCGCCAGCCCCGCGCAACAGCUGCCCACCAGCCACCCCGGGCCCGGGCCACACGCGGCAACCGCUGCGACGGCGGCGGGAGGCAACGGCAGUGUGGAGGACCGCUUCUCCGACGACCAGCUCGUGUCCAUGUCCGUGCGCGAGCUGAACCGCCACCUGCGGGGCUUCACCAAGGACGAGGUGAUCCGCCUGAAGCAGAAGCGGCGGACCCUGAAGAACCGGGGCUACGCCCAGUCGUGCAGGUAUAAACGCGUCCAGCAGAAACACCACCUGGAGAAUGAGAAGACGCAGCUCAUUCAGCAGGUGGAGCAGCUUAAGCAGGAGGUGUCCCGGCUGGCCCGCGAGAGAGACGCCUACAAGGUCAAGUGCGAGAAACUCGCCAACUCCGGCUUCAGGGAGGCGGGCUCCACCAGCGACAGCCCCUCCUCUCCAGAGUUCUUUCUGUGAGUCGUGGCCAUUCCCGGCCCACCUCCCUUGCCCUGGCCCGGACUCCCAGUACCAUGUCCCCAGCCCUGGACUCCCCCGGACCCUGUCCCUGCCACGGCCCCAGCCUUGACCUGAUUGACUUGUGCGAGAGGGCGGAAGGGUGCGCGGGCCGCGGGCCAAGGGCAGGAGCGCGGGCCAAGGGCAGGAGCUCGGGCGGGCAGGGGACCUUGGUGAAGGCGAGGAGAGUAGCGCACGCCAGUGCCGCUCCUAGACUGGAACAGAUCCAGAGAAUGAGAGAGAGACAAGGGUGUGAGAGAUCCCGGAGCAACUUUCCUCCAGUCUGGAGGACCGCAAGACUUUUGCCCCAGGAGUCAUCAAGGCCGCUCAGAGACUCCAGGCAUUCUGAACUUUGCGCGUAAAGCCGGGGCCUCCACCUGGCUGGCUGUCCGGAGCGCAGUCUGCCUCUGGAGAUGAGCCAGGAGGAGAGGAAAGGGACCAGGCGCAGGACGAGACUGAGCGAAGGCAAGGAGGAUGGAUGGACCUGUCUGUCCCGAGUCCAGAGAACUGUAGCUCUCAGCCCUGAGACGCCGGCCACGGUUAGGACAUUCAGCGCGCCUAUCUCAUCAGUUUUAUUGCCUGCUUGAUUCUAUAGGAAAAAAAAUAUGAAAAUCUGCAUUAAAAUAUUAAUCCUGCAUGCUGGACAUGUAUGGUAAUAAUUUCUAUUUUGUACCAUUUUUCUUGUUUAACUUUAGCAUGUUGUUGAUCAUGGAUCAUGACCCGCUUGUUUUUUGGGGUGAGAAGGGAUGGCAGUUGGGAAACUCUGGGGCUGUGAGUUGGGUUCCAGUCGGGGCUGCCUGCUUGUAAAUAUCCAGCCCACCAAAUGGGGCGUGCGGAGAACGGUGGCAGCAAGCUGGGUGUCUUUGUUUGGGUUUAUGAUAAUAGCGUUUUAUUAUCUGUAAGAAAAAAAAAAGAG